AUGAUAUGUCGGGGCAUGGCCGCAAGCACGACGUGUUAUCGGCGAGGAGAGGGUCCGCAUCCGCAUCGUUCACCCACUCUGAGCACCCGACACACUCGCGCUCGCACCUACCGUUGCCCCGCGAAUUACUUUGACGUUGCACUGUCCACGUCGCUCACUCACAUGGAUUCCCCAGCAAGCCAGGAAGACAAGCUCGACUUGGUAACCCGAUUUAUUCGCGACAUCCGACGCGUCGCGCGCAAGUUGGGAGAAGGAGGCGCACCCUUCUCUGAGUUGCAGGAUCUGUACCAGCUCGCAGAGGUGUUCCAGACGAACGAGACCGAUGAGGAUCUAUUUUCAAUUCGUUUUCAGCUGUGGCAAACCGUUAAGCACACUUAUCGAGUGAUAGCGCCCUGCGGAAUUGGCGGUGACGGCCCGCCCUGGUCAACAGUCCUUGAGCUCCUCAAGGAGGCUGAGCUCCUAGCAAAGGAGGUGGGAAACGCGAAGCGGAGGGUGAAGCGGCAUCGCUCUCGCUUCCCUCACUCUGGGCCUCUCCCCUCCUCGUUGUUGGGCGACUCAGCAUUGUCCCACACCCCUUCUCACGACUACCAGUCCCAUUCAACACCGUUUCAGUCACGAUCGCUCCCGCAGUUAUACAACCGUGCUGACCUUGUCGGCUUGGAAGACAGUAGCACCCCACACCCCUCCCAAAUUCAGCACACGGAACGAGGUCCAGCAGCCUAUCAUCAACAUCCUGGGCCUCGUCACUUUUCUGACGACACUUCCUACCACUACUUCCCAUCCGAGCGUUCACACAUCGACAUUUCCCACUCCCAACGUUCGAGACUCCCCGCUGGCUUACCGUCGCGACCGCCCCGUCUCUUGCGACUCACCGCCUCUGCCUCGUCAUCGUCCGUCAAACUGGCCUUCUGUCCCUCAGUCGCGGUCAACAACUCCUACGGAGCGUUCAACUUGGCCUCUGAGAAGCUCGAAUCCCGACGUCAGCGAGGGCAGUUCGCGCUCCCCUUUGACCAGUUUGUCGCCUCCCGCCGGCCGAGGUUCGAUUCUGCCUCCCACCGCCUUCUACGAAGAAAAGGUUGGAAGAAAGCCAACGUCGGCGCCAGCACUGUCCUUACUUGCAACGCAGACCUGGUUCCCACAUACACGUACCCCCCUGGUUAUGCUGGCUGGCAAUUACCCAUUGCUCAAAUUUAG